CCCGCUUUGCCGGAGCGCUGUUGCGGCCCCGAAACUUCUGCGCGCAGCCCAAACUAACCCCACGUGAAGCGACGGACUGUUCUAUGACUGCAAAGAUGGAAACGACCUUCUACGACGAUGCCCUCAACGCCUCGUUCCUCCAGUCCGAGAGCGGCGCGUACGGCUACAGUAACCCCAAGAUCCUGAAACAGAGCAUGACCCUGAAUUUGGCCGACCCGGUGGGCAGCCUGAAGCCGCACCUCCGCGCCAAAAACUCGGACCUCCUCACCUCUCCCGACGUGGGGCUGCUGAAGUUGGCGUCGCCCGAGCUGGAGCGCCUGAUAAUCCAGUCCAGCAAUGGGCACAUCACCACCACGCCGACCCCCACCCAGUUCCUGUGCCCCAAGAACGUGACGGACGAGCAGGAGGGCUUCGCCGAGGGCUUCGUGCGCGCCCUGGCCGAACUGCACAGCCAGAACACGCUGCCCAGCGUCACGUCCGCGGCGCAGCCGGUCAGCGGGGCGGGCAUGGUGGCUCCCGCGGUGGCCUCGGUGGCGGGCGGCAGUGGCAGCGGCGGCUUCAGCGCCAGCCUGCACAGCGAGCCACCGGUCUACGCCAACCUCAGCAACUUCAACCCGGGCGCGCUGAGCAGCGGCGGCGGGGCGCCCUCCUACGGCGCGGCCGGCCUGGCCUUUCCCGCGCAGCCCCAGCAGCAGCAGCAGCCGCCGCAGCCGCCGCACCACCUGCCCCAGCAGAUGCCUGUGCAGCACCCGCGGCUGCAGGCCCUGAAGGAGGAGCCGCAGACAGUGCCCGAGAUGCCCGGCGAGACGCCGCCCCUGUCCCCCAUCGACAUGGAGUCCCAGGAGCGGAUCAAGGCGGAGAGGAAGCGCAUGAGGAACCGCAUCGCUGCCUCCAAGUGCCGGAAAAGGAAGCUGGAGAGGAUCGCCCGGCUGGAGGAAAAAGUGAAAACCUUGAAAGCGCAGAACUCGGAGCUGGCGUCCACAGCCAACAUGCUCAGGGAACAGGUGGCACAGCUUAAACAGAAAGUCAUGAACCACGUUAACAGUGGAUGCCAACUCAUGCUAACGCAGCAGUUGCAAACAUUUUGAGGAGAGACUGUAGAGGGCUGAGGGGCAACGGAGAAAAAACAUAACACAGAGAGACAGACUUGAGAACUUGACAAGUUGUGACAGAGAGAAAAAAAGGAGUGUCCGAGAACUAAAGCCAAGGGUAUCCAAGUUGGACUGGGUUGCGCCCUGACGGCGCCCCCAGUGUGCACGAGUGGGAAGGACUUGGCGCGCCCUCCCUUGGCGAGGAGCCAGGGAGCGGCCGCCUGCGGGCUGCCCCGCUUUGCGGACGGGCUGUCCGCGCCCGAACAGAACGUUAGACUUUUCUUUAACAUUGACCAAGAACUGCAUGGACCUAACAUUCGAUCUCAUUCAGUAUUAAAAGGGGGGAGGGGCGGGGGUUACAAACUGCAAUACUGUAGAUUGCUUCUGUAGUACUCCUUAAGAACACAAAGCAGGGGGGUGGGCUGGGGCGGGGAGGCGGGAGGGAGGUUUGUGAGAGUGAGGCUGAGCCUACUGAUGAACUCUUUCUGGCCUGCCUUCGUUAACUGUGUAUGUACAUAUAUAUAUUUUUUAAUUUGAUGAAAGCUGAUUACUGUCAAUAAACAGCUUCAUGCCUUUGUAAGUUAUUUCAUGUUUGUUUGUUUGGGUGUCCUGCCCAGUGUUGUUUGUAAAUAAGAGAUUUGGAGCACUCUGAGUUUACCAUUUGUAAUAAAGUAUAUAAUUUUUUUA